AUGGAUCUCCUUCAUAGCAAUGGAGUGCUCAUAAUUCAGCAUUUGCAGAAGGAUUACAGGUCUUACCAGAGCUUCCUAAAUUUCAUGUCGCACGUUGGAGAUCCUCGGAAUAUUUUUUCAGUUUAUUUUCCUCUCUGGUUUCAGCUUAAUCAAGUGGUUGGGACAAAAAUGCUCUGGGUAGCAGUGAUCGGCGAUUGGCUCAAUCUUAUAUUUAAAUGGAUUUUAUUUGGUCAUCGUCCAUAUUGGUGGGUUGAAGAAACAAUGAUCUACCCUAACCAAACAAGCCCAUGUCUUGAGCAGUUUCCUAUAACAUGUGAAACAGGGCCAGGAAGCCCCUCGGGACAUGCCAUGGGAUCUUCCUGUGUCUGGUAUGUGAUGGUUUCCGCGGCCCUCAGCUAUACAGUGAGGCAGAAAGAUAAAUCAGCCAUUUAUCUCCACAGGUGGCUCACGUGGUCUUUCCUGUGGAGUGUGUUCUGGAUUAUUCAGAUCAGUGUGUGUGUUUCGAGGGUGUUCAUAGCGACACAUUUCCCACACCAAGUUAUCCUUGGAGUAAUUGCUGGCAUGUUGGUUGCAGAAGCAUUUGAACACGCCCCGGCCAUUCAGACAGCGAGUUUAACAACAUACAUCCAGACAAACGUGUUUCUCUUUGUUUCUGCUCUCGGCUUUUACCUGGUUCUCAGGCUUAUUGAUAUUGAUCUUCUGUGGUCUGUUCCAAAGGCAAAGAAAUGGUGUGCCAACCCAGAGUGGAUCAAUAUUGACACAACUCCAUUUGCUGGACUUGUGAGAAACUUAGGUGCCCUGUUUGGGCUAGGACUCAGCAUUAACUCCGAUAUGUUCAUCAUGAGCUGUAAAGGUAAACAGGGCUACAAGGCCAGUUUCAGGAUCUUGUGCAUAGCCACUUCCUUAGCUACACUGCAACUUUAUGAUUUUAUCAAGAUACCCACCCACACUGAGUAUUUGUUUUACAUCCUUUCUUUUUGUAAAAGUGCAGCCAUACCCCUCACUGUGGUGGCUUUGGUUCCAUAUUGCAUGCACUUGCUACUGAAGCCGUCAGAAAAGAAGCUUCCAUAG